AUGGGAGUCGUUUUUUUGGUUUGCGUUCCAACGUCGAACUAUGAAAGGGUCCUUUUGGGCGGAGGAUUUCAUGCUUUUCCUCCUUCAAAUGACCUUUUCCAACCCGCAUCUGCUAAUGUUCGCCCAAUAUCUCCGAAUAAUUUUACAACUAACAUACCUGGGCAAGACUCGAAUGCAAUUUUAAAGCUCGAGGUCGAAUUGAGAGACAAAAAUUUGCCUCCCGCAGCCAAACGUUUGGGACAAAAAGGACAAAAUUAUUCUCCAAAUCCUAAAAGAGAUAUCGUAACUGGAUUAAUUCCAAUGGAAAAGGUCCUUGAUGAACUCCUCAAAAAACUCGAAAUCGAACACGUAAUCUGGAAUGGCGACAAAAACGGAAAUUAUUAUCAAGUAAUUUUCCCUUUGGAAUCAGGAAUUCCUUGCGAAACAACUUUACAUUGCUUAACUGAACUCGGAAUUGGAGUGAAAUUGAACUCAACUGUUAGUGUGAUGCCCUGUUCCGUAAGCUUUGAAGGAAACGAACAUCCAGAAGUUGAUGAUGAUGACAUGCCAACGGAUAAUAACCUAAAAUGGAAAGCUUUUGUGGAUUCAAUUAAAUCGAAAUUGACUGUCAAACAAGUCGUUGAUGGAGUUCGAGCUGGAGGCGCCUUGUCUUUUGAUUAUUUGUUGUUGAUCGUAACUGCUGAUUCUCUCGCUGCGCUUGGAUUGGUAGAGAAUAAUGCGCCAAAUAUUACAGCUGCGAUGUUGGUUAGUCCAUUGAUGGGACCUGUAAUGUCAAUUACUUUUGGAACGAUCAUUUCUGAUAGGGAAUUAGUUAAAGUUGGAUUUAUAUCUUUGGCUCUCGGAAUGUUCAUCAGUUGUCUCUUUGGAUUCAUUUUUGGAUUAAUUUUGGGAACUACGGAAAUGCCAUGGGGCUAUGGAGACUUUCCAACUGAGGAAAUGCGCGGAAGAGGAAAUGCUCGAUCUCUGUGGAUGGGUAUCUUAUGGGCGCUUACAUCAGGCAGCGGCGUAGCUGUUGCUUUACUUCAAGGCUCUGCAGGUCCCUUAAUUGGUGUUGCAAUUUCCGCUUCUCUUCUCCCGCCAGUUGUCAAUUGCGGCUUAUAUUGGGCUCUCGCAUGCAUUUGGCUCAUUUAUCCCGACAAAAAAAUGCCUCAUAUGAAAGGCGAAGAUUACUUCGGAAACAGUUCCUAUCAAAUGUUGUACACGAAUUACAUUCCCACGGAAUUUCUCAUCAGCGGAAUUGUAUCGGGACUUUUAACCGUAAUUAACGUCAUUUGUAUUUUCAUCACGGCAAUUAUGGUUUUGAAGAUAAAGGAAGUUGCUGCUCCUUACAUUUCAUCGCCAGACUUGAAACGUUUUUGGGAUACUGACAUUCGGGUCGCACGUAAAGCCAACCAAUCGACAAUUCGUCGCAAGAACACCGUCAAAGAGCGACAAGAAGAUCUCGCAUUCGAUGUUCAAGCGAAAAAUCUCGGAGGAACACUUGAAAGGGCACUGCGAGAAGCUCUUGAUGAUGAUACGUUUAGAAAAGUUCGUCGUAUGAGUUAUUCGAGCAAUGCAGCGAAAGGCGUUCGUGAAAGACUCGGGAUUCCCGAAGGAACUUCCGAUUCGUCAGAAGUUACAGCGGGAAAAGUACCAAAAUCCAGCUCAGAUUUGAUGUUAUUGGACAAACUCGUUUCAAAUCUUUUGGAAAACAACGACGGCAAAGACAAUUCGGGAUCUUCAUCAAGCGGCGGACUUCGAGAUUCGAUCAUUAAUCGUUUCAGACCUCUUUCCAGAUCUCUUCGAAUGGGUUCGAAACGAUCUAAUGUCAUGCCAACCAUUUUGGAAAGCAACGCUGGAGGUAAUAAUCCGCAAAGAAGUUCAUGGGGAUCACAACGAGGAAAUCCUGUCGUUCAUAAUGUCCUGAAUACAUUGAGAAACGCCCCCCAAAGAUUCAGUCAUACAAGUUCAAGCGGCGGCGGCACUGGAAAAGAAGAGAAUUCAAGUUUAACGGGAAAUAUUCUCGAUUAAUUAAGUAACCCGCAUCAUUAAAAUUAUUGCACUAAUUGCGAUUUUGUGAAAAAUUAUAAUUUUUAUGAAUUUUCAUUUAAAGUUAAAAAUAAAUGAAAAUCAAAAAAAAUUAUGAAUUUAUUCACAAAAUCGCAAUUAAUGACCGAAAAACACGUUUCAAGGUAAGAAAUCCAACCGACAAAAUGCAAUUUUAUUGAUUGACACACAUCUCUGCUCCAUACCGUUCCCGUUUCACAUAAAAUUGAUGAUGAUUUUGUUAAAUAUUUAUGCAAUUGAUUAAAUGCUCAUUAGUUGAGUAAAUAAUUUUAUCAUUAUUGUUUGUCUGUUUAUUGGCGUUCGUGUAGUAUUGAUUUAACACACAAAAUGUAUGGAGAAGAAAAUUUGCGUGAUGAUUUAAUUAAUUUUGUCGGGUAUUUGAUGAUAAAUAUCAUGUUAAAAUUGAAAUUAAUCAGAUUACGGGAAACACACUGUUGUCGGUUGAGGACCAACAAAAGUAUGUCAAUGUGUCAACGAAUUUCAAUGUUAAUUAAUGCUCUUUUUCCGGAAAGGACAUGCAUUUUGUGGAA